AGAGUCCCAACUCCUUGGACCCCAUUUGCUAUUCUUUUCUUUCUCCUCCACAUCUAUCCGGUGGUAGUGGGCGUUUAUAUUUGCGUUUCUUUUCAUUCAUUUCCAGAUCUUUUCAAAUUUUAGGAUUGGGGAGUAGUGGGAAAAGCAGGAAAGGGGAAAGGAGGAGAGUAGUAGCAGAAGAGCAGGAGGAGGACAUGGAGAUGAAGAAGAGGAUUAACAUGGAGUUAAGGAACAGAGCCCCAGAGGAGGUGACAGAGUUAGUUCUUGAUAAUUGCCUGUGUGUCAAUGGGGAAAUUGAAGGCCUGAAUGAUACUUUUAAAGAACUAGAGUUUCUGAGUAAGGCUAAUGUGGAAUUAAGUUCACUGGCCCAACUUCCCAGUUUAAAUAAACUUCGAAAGUUGGAACUUAGUGACAAUAUAAUUUCUGGAGGCUUGGAAGUCCUAGCAGAAAAAUGUCCAAAUCUUACCUACCUCAAUCUUUCCCCCUACCUCAAUCUGAGUGGAAACAAAAUCAAAGAUCUCAGUACAGUAGAAGCUCUGCAAAAUCUUAAAAAUUUGAAAAGUCUUGACUUGUUUAACUGUGAGAUCACAAACCUGGAAGAUUACAGAGAAAGUAUUUUUGAAUUGCUGCAACACAUCACAUACUCAGAUGGAUUUGAUCAGGAGGAUAAUGAAGCACACUCUGAAGAGGAGGAGGAUGAAGAUGGAGAUGAAGAUGAUGGAGAUGAAGAGGAAGAUAAAGCUGGUCCACCUGAAAGAUAUGAGGAAGAGAAGGAAGAAGAGGAGGAGGAGGAAGAAGAUGAAGCAGGGUCAGAAUUGGGAGAGGGAGAAGAAGUUGGCCUCUCUUACUUGAUGAAAGAAGAAAUUCAGGAUGAAGAUGAUGAUGAUGAUUAUGUUGAAGAAGGGGAAGAAGAGGAGGAAGAGGAAGAAGAAGGUCUCGGGGGGAGAAGAGGAAACAAGAUGCCGAAGAUGAUUGAGAGGAAGAAGAUGACUAGAUCAUUCUAAGACCAGAUUCCCUAACGUUCCUGGGUGUGCAAUAGAGUGAUCACAUCUUUGUUUUUUCAUGUACAAUAGCUAUCCCUACAGAAGAUAAUGUGUAACUUUUUAUAGGAAAAGUGUGGUUUUACUAUUUUUUCCUUAUCAUUCCAAUUAAGAUAUACUAGUCUGUUAAUGAUCAUAUUGUAUGUAGAGAAAAAAUUUCAUUGACACUCCUCCCAUUGAGACAUUCUCUAGCGAUUAGAUUUAGAAUCUUA